AUGGAAGACUGCGGUGAUUAUAGUACUGCGGAAACCGGGGAAACCGGACUACUCGGUCCCUGGAGCAUACCGCCCGAUCUCACUCCUCAACACACUGGGAAAGAGAAAUAUAACCUCCUCCCAAACGCACAAAUCGGAGCCAGACCAGGCAGAACUACGGAACAGGCACUUCUAGUUCUGGCCAGCGCCAUCGACCAGGCCCGGAAACGCGGUAGGGUCCUGACCCUAGUCUCCUUUGAUAUCAAAGGGGCCUUCAAUGGGGUAAAUAAAGACACAUUGGAGGCCAGGCUCAGAGAGAUGGGAAUCCCUCAGAUAGCACGAAGAUGGGUCCAAAGCUUCAUGGAAAACAGGUCCGCCAAUAUCAAAUUCGACGAUUUCAGCACCGAGGUAGCCUCGCUUCCUAACGCUGGCCUUGCCCAAGGAUCUCCCCUCUCCCCAAUCCUCUUCACCAUCUUCAACUCGGACCUGGUCGACCAACCGGUAGACCAUAACGGAGGCGCAUCCGCCUUUAUAGAUGAUUAUUUCCGCUGGAGAACCGGACCAAACGCAGAAAGUAAUCUGCAAAAGAUCCAACAGAUAGAUGUCCCUAGAAUCGAAGAAUGGGCGAGACGGACUGGCUCACGGUUCUCGGCCGAGAAGAUGGAGCUGAUCCAUUUCACCGGAAGAAAAAGAGACCAAACAACGGGGUCCAUCAUGAUGAAUGGACACACCAUCUCACCAUCACCAGAGGUCAAGCUCUUGGGAGUAUACUUUGACCAGGAACCAAAUUGGAAAACACACACACAAUAUAUGGUCAAGAGGGCCACCAACACAUGUGUCGCCAUCGGACGCCUGUCCCACCUACGGCCAGAACAAAUGAGGCAGCUCUACACUGCCUGUGUAGUCCCUAAAUUGACAUACGCCUCCACGGUAUGGUACAACCCCUUAAAGGGAGCCACACAAGUCAAGGCUCUCACCAAGGUCCAGCGAACGGCCCUGAUCAGGAUCCUGUCCACAUUCCGAACGGUGGCAACACAAACUCUUGAAAUGGAGGCGCACAUCCCCCCCAUACGCGCCCGGCUGCGACAGCGAGCCCGGGAUGUUGUCAUCAGCCUCCGCACACUCCCACAAUCUCACCCGAUACAUGGGCCCCUCAGGAGGGCCAUGGCAGGUGCAACCUGCAAUGGAAACAGAUGUUACUACCCACUAGAGGACACGAUGAGAAUGUUCCACAGGGAGGAGCUGGAACCAAUAGAGAUAAUCGACCCAUGCCCCCCGGAACCAUGGCAGAAGCCAGUAUUCAAAGGCAUCUACCUCGACUCCGACAGGGCCAGAGCCAUUGAGAGAGCUACGAAAAUAAUGGAGAACCCAACCAAGGCAGUCUUCACCGAUGCCGCAAAGGAGAAUUCGGCGCUUGGAGCAGCGGCGCUGAUCAUGGACGAAUCAUACCACAUCCAGUAUGGCAUACAAGUUGGUGUUGGGCGGGAAAAGCACUGGACUGUCACAACGGCUGAGCUGCUAGCGAUAUACCAUGGACUCUACCUGGUAUGGAGAUCUCACUCAAGUGAGGGGACACCGACCCCCCACCAGCGCCACACAUACACCAUCCUCAGCGACUCCCGUACCGCUCUUCGAGCCAUCGCAAACUCCUCAAAACAAGUCGGAGGACAGAUAGUCCAGAACAUUCUGCACACAACAAAAGAGCUGAGAUCCAUAGGCGUAGACCUCUGCCUCCAGUGGGUACCAGGACACAGUGGAAUCAAGGGAAAUGAAAUGGCCGACCAGCUCGCUAAGCAGUCAAUCAACCCAAACCCAACGCGUGGUUUCCCAAAGCCUGCCUCACACCUUAGGGAAGCCAGCCGCAACAGCACCACACAGGAGUGGAGAGAUGAAUGGUCCUCAACGGCAAAGGGGACUCACCUGCGGAAGAUAGACGCAGCCCUCCCGGGCCAACAUACCCGCCGUCUAUAUGCCACCCUUCCAAGGCCUCGAGCAAGACUCCUGGCGCAACUCAGAACGGGCCACUCAUGGCUGAAUGAAUUCCGAAACCGAAUAAAAUACGCUGACGACAACAAAUGUGAAUGUGGAGCAAAAGAAUCGGUCCAUCACGUCCUAGUAGACUGCCCGAGACUGCAGCAACAACGUCGGGUUCUGCGACAAAAGAUUGGGGACAGGUUCAACAAUAUAUCCCUGAUGCUAGGGGGUAAACCACCAAACUGGACAAUAAAUGGGACGGAAUGGAAAAUCAGUAGAGGGGACCUCGAUGCGAUCCUAGACUUCGCUGAGAGCUCGGAAAGAUUCCAAGGCAGAGACAACUAG